UGCGACUCAUUGAUCAGUGUGAACUGUCAGGAUGCCUGAACCCGCCAAGUCCGCGCCCAAGAAGGGCUCCAAGAAAGCCGUGACUAAGACCGCCGGCAAAGGAGGCAAGAAGAGGAGAAAGAGCAGGAAGGAGAGCUACGCCAUCUACGUGUACAAGGUGCGCAAGCAGGUCCACCCCGACACUGGCAUCUCGUCCAAGGCCAUGGGCAUCAUGAACUCCUUCGUCAACGACAUCUUCGAGCGCAUCGCCGGUGAGGCGUCUCGCCUGGCUCACUACAACAAGCGCUCCACCAUCACCUCCAGGGAGAUUCAGACCGCUGUGCGUCUCCUGCUGCCCGGUGAGCUGGCCAAGCACGCCGUGUCCGAGGGAACCAAGGCCGUCACCAAGUACACCAGCUCCAAGUAAACACACUGCUCAGACUGGAACCACCUCAUCAACCCAACGGCUCUUUUAAGAGCCACACACUUUAUCUAACAGAGUUCAUAUGAUCUUUAUACACUUUGUUAAUAAGUUGCAUUAGUGUGUACACUGCAGUCUAAUGUGAUCUUUAUACGGAAUUAAUAUUUAUAUGACAGUCCUUAAGGUUAAUUCUACAAUCCACAUAUUGUAAAGAUGUAUUUAUUAACCCUUACCUCGAAGUACAAAUGGUACAUCAUUUGAGUCACAUACAUGAAAUACAAGUGACUUGAUUAAACAAGUUGUGUUGCAAAUGAAA